AUGGAUGCUCAGCCUGUAGCAGAGACAACCAGCUUCUGUGCCUCCACCAUGCUGGGCAGUGAGGACAGUGAUGAAGAAACCAGCCAAGAAGAGGCGUCAAUCGUCAGCUGGAAUGAGCUCUCCAUCAUAGAGCGUGUAGGCCUUAACAGCGUAGAGAUGUCGGAGAAAGAUUUGGAGACCUCCUUCUCUCAGAUCGCCAUGGCAUUUAGAUGUGAUCAGUACACCCUGAAACAACGGCUGCAGGCGGAGGAGCACGCCCGCAACCUGGCAGAGGAGAACGUGCAGCUGGAGCUGACCAGAGGCAGGGAGACUCUGGAGAUGUUAAAGGGCCUGUGUCUGGACAGUAAACGCAGUAAUAUCCUGCAGAGGCUGGAGCUGUCUCUGGACAUCCUCGGUGGGACUGUGGAGCGGAUCUCCAACACGGCAGAGGUGCUUGGGGCUGUGCACCAGCACAAGUUUUAUAACAAAGUGCUUGAGGAAACUCUUUAA